AUGAAGGGCCUUAGUACUUUUCGUGGCAGUAGCGGCCCAAGUCAUAUUGUGCCUCCCGACCACGGGGAGUCGGAGAGCUCCAAAGAGCUGGUCUUACUGGAUGCACUGACUGGAGAGGCGUUCCGGUUUGUGUUGCCACAUAGUCACUCUGGGAGUAAUGCUCGAAGAAAGCAGGAUGCUGGGUUGUCUUGCUCCCAAGAGAGAGCAGGGACUUGCUCGUGGUUGAGCCUUGACCGCUACAUCCACCAGCUGCUCCCAAGUAUUCCACCCCUUACACGUGAUAAAGAUGUAGUAAAAGAUCAGGGUAAACACACUAACGGGAAACAGCGUACUACUUCCGACUGCAGGGAACCCCAAAGGUGCCUCUGCUUUGUAGAGGCUACGGGAAGGAGCCUUUCAGCGGAGGCAGCAGCCUCAGCAGCGGGGCAAGGAAAACACACGGGCAGCAGCAGCGGCAACUACGCCAGCAGCUUCCUACAACUACAGGGUUCUCUGUCGCUAAUUUUUCUUCGUCCAGAGUUGCUUUUGUGCUUGGGGCACAGCAGCAGCGGAGCACGAGCACCGCCUGCACAAGCAACAGCUGUAACAACUGCCGUAGGAGAACAAACAUUUCACGUAGCAUCCAGUGCACUUGAAGCCCCCUUUGCUUUUGAUUCGAACGUUAAAACGGCAUUGGAGAAGACGCAGGCAUGGGCUGUUACUUCUUCAGCAAGGACUGGCGACGCAGUAUCAUUAGGCGUAGGGCGCACAAUUGAUCUUGGAGAGAAGCACGACCCUGAUCUAAACUGCGCAUGCUCAAGCGCGGGAUUUGGAUUCCCGUCGGCUCCAUCUCAGCAGCGACUUGCUAGUGGUGAACUAAAAGCCCUCAGGGCCGCCGCGCUCCUUGAUAGUGAUGCAUCGUUCAGGUCGUUCGGCAGCAACAUAAUUGCAGCGGUCCCUGUCCUAUGCAUGUCCCGAGAUGCUGCUGCGGUUGCCGCUGAUCUCCACGUGCGCCUUGGACGGCAACAGAGGGCUGCUGAUGUUGUCAUUCAUGCCUUGAUGAGGCAUGCGGAGCUCGCGCUCAAGUGGGCUGAGGCUCUCAAGUUGCGGCUGCAUCAGCAGGCGAAGGCGCAGGAGGACCUCGUCAUCGGAUUUGACCAAAUACUUCUCAGAUUGCAGCGGACACCGCUAGACCCUGUGUUGCUUAUGUUGGAGCAGUUAAAAAGUGAAGCCGAAAUGCAGUGGCAGGAGCAACAAGGGUCGGGGCCCGUUUCCUGUGCAACCGAUAGCACUUCUCGUGCGUCCCCAGCAACUGGGCAGAGCAGACAGCAGGACUGUGCGGAAACUGAGAAAUCCGAGGCUGCUUUUGAAGGGACCUCAACCGCAGAUAAGCUGUUUGGUCUAGCUUCACUAGAGACAGUAUCAACAGCAACCCCAGGGCGGCUAGCAGCAAGAACAGGAACAGCAAGGUCUACAACAAAAUCAUCAGCAACCCCAACACAAGCAGUCCGUCCUACUGCAAGUAUUUCUAGUCUGGCCGUUGUAAUAUCUGGUGAAGGCCCUCCUGCGGAUGCAUUCCAUUCUCCAGGAAGUAUUCCUGAUGGAAGCCAUUCUUCGCAGCACUCGCCAGUCGAAUUUAUGGCUGCUUCUGGUGGUUCAUGUGUCUCAUCUGCAGCGUCUGGGAAACAUAUGCUAUCCCAUCGUGAAGAUUUGCAAAGAACUGGAGACUGUUCCCCCGUAGUGAAGCCAGAACAAAAGCCCGUGCACCCCGGCUCCCCUAUUACAAGUGUGGAGGGAGACGCAGCGUUACUUGAGCACACAGUCGUCUCGAGGGAGAAGUGCACCUUACCUGCAGCAGCAGCUGCUGGAAAGCUGAGGACAACUGCCACUCUAUCCGGCAACCCAACGCAAGCCGGUAGACCUGCGACUUCAGACAUAGCAACGGGAGCGACGGAACUGUCGGCAACAGCAGGCCCUAUUGAGGACACAAGCAACUCACAAAUCAGGUGCCGCCGUGUUGCAGCGAAUGAAAGCAUCCCACUCAAAGUAAGGCGGCAGAGCAGCAGCCUUUCUGUGAGGUCACCGUCACCAAUGCGCCGGCAGGCAACAGUUCCCACCCCCAUUCCUGAAAUUGCAGACGUAACAGUGGGGAAGACAGCUACAUCAGUAUCAGUAGAAGCGGACGAUUCAGGAGCAUCGCGACAGUCAGCAGCCUCGCUUCUGAACAUCCCGGCUAUUCGCGCUUUUGCUGCGUCAGUGUUUGCAGAUCGUACAGCAGUGCUUCAGCAAGUAGAGCAGCUGCAGCAGGAUAUCCAGGCAGCAGCUUGUACCUUCAGGUCCUCAGCUAAUCAGCUGCUUGCUGCAGCUGCUGAAACGAGGGCAGCCAUGUCAGCGCUACUUGUUCAGCAACAGGAGCUGACAUCCGUACAUACUCGAGCCUUUGCUGCAGUGGCUAAAGCAGCUCCAGCUCCUCCUAUUGCGUAUUCUAACUUUGCUCCUCAGCAGCUGCGGGUCCUUGCUGCGCACCAGGGAGCUGCUAUGGAGGACCUGCAGCAGCUACAGCACCAGCAAGAGGACCUAACAGAACAGCAGCGGGCUGCUUGGACACGUCACUGCCGAAAUCAGCUGCAUCUCAUUUGUACAUGUUUACGGGGACGACUAAUGCUGCGACAGUUUCACGAGAAGGGCUUGGCGUGCAGCAGCAGGGCACAGCGUGUCGAUGCUGCUCUUGUCCAGCUCCGGCGAAUAUAUGCGUGCCCAGCUGCCUUUGCUGCAGCGGCGAGGGAGACGGCACGACGGCUCGUAUUUGCUAUUUCCUUUCGUAAAGCUGCAGAGUUAGCCCAAGGCGUCCUGCAACGCAUGCAGCAAGAGGAACAGCAGCAACGGCUACAAUUUCUUGAUCGUGCUGCUGCAUCCCUCCCUGCUGCUGCAUUUUGGCCCCUCUUGCGCAUAGUUCCACAGGAAAUUAACAUAACACUUCCCGAAGCUGACGAGCUGUUUAUGUCCUUCAUAAACCAAGCAGGCCUCACAGCAGUUAUCGAAGAAUGGCAGCGGCUUCACAAUGGAGAAGAAGCACAGGGACAGCAGCAUCGUCAGCGGCGCGGAGACAACACUCUGUUGCAGGCGUUGCUUUUGUCUGACCUAGCGGGGAGCCGACAGUAUUCGGGGAAGGAAAUGCACGUGCAGCAGCAACAGCAACAGCAGCAUCAGAAGCAUCCCCGGAGUCUACUGCAACAGGGGCAACUUCCUAUUCCCCAGAACCAUGAUUACCCGUCUCAGGGUGAAGCGGGCACUUCCAGAUUCACCAUGCAUAGCACAAAGUUGCAGGAGCUGCAGCAUGAGCAGCAGCCACUUCAGAGCUCGGACAGCGCAACGCGGGGUACGGACAGCGCAUCUUCGAGAGUGCACCAGCUUGAAGACAAGGCGCACAGAGAAGCGCAGACAAGAUUUAAUGUAGAGAUUCCUGAAGUGGGCCAACAACAAAAGCAGCCCAUCUCUUCAGCAACGGUUCCAAACUCUCCAGAUUCCCUACAGGUGCUGAAGGAUGAACCUGCACUGACGCAGCAAAGAUGGCUCCGAAACGUCCCUCAACUUGCCAGUAAUGCAACAGCACGCCGUACCAAGGAUCAAGAGCAACGGCAGGUGCCGCUUUACAAGAAUUUCCCCUGCAGCCUUCAUGAUUUGGCAACGACUUCUCUACUGGAGUCAUCGAUGUCCUUACAGGAAUCAGUUCUCCAUCCAAGACGAGAAGCUACACAGUCAAUCAUCUCCGAGAACCAGCAAAGCGCGCAUCAGGGUGAUCAGCACCUGUUUCUGCAGCAGUUGUUACUGCAGCAGCAGCUCCAGCAGCACCAGCGGGAGACGGCGAAGUGUCAGAAGCCUCUUGCACAAAGUCUAGGUUGCAGUGAAGAUGUGCGAGGCACUGAAUCGUCUUCGAAAGCCUGCCGGCAGCAACAGCAAGCCCAAACACUAGGUCAGGCGCAGCAGAGUCUCCCCCAGCCCUUGCCUCUGUUGCAGCUGCAAUGCCCACCGAAGCAGCAGCAGCCACCUCAUGUGCCAUCGCCUUACACAAAAGGUCAGGCAGAAUGCCACCAUAAAUAUCAACGGGAAUAUUUUCAAGUGCGACAGCAAGAGAAUAACGCAAUACUGCUUCACGGGCGGGAAUGUGGGCUUACUGGGCUGCUGCAGCAGGGCAGCGAUGUGCCGCUACAGCCGACGAACCGCUUAACAAGCCAGCUACAAAAGCAAUUACUUUUGCGUGAGAAUCAGCGUAUACUUGGCUCUUUGAACGGGAGCAAAGUCCAGCCUGGGCUUCAAGAAAGCCACCCAAAAAAGCAUAAUGUACGAAUACACCAGCAGCAGUCCCUGUCUUUGUCUGCUUCCUGCGAAGAGGUUCACAAAGUGCAACUUGGCCAACUUGGGUUUGGAUUUGACUGUGUUCAACAGGACCAGCAGCAGAACAGUUUGCUGUUAGAACCGAACCCGCGACAGCAGCAACUCCCGAGUCACUGGAGUCCACAUAGUGAGGCCGUAUAUUUGACCCAGCAUCGGCUGCAGCAGCAACAGCCACCACGGCGACCCUUAACUCAGGAGUAUUCGCUUGGGCAGGAGCUGGAUCAGCAUAGACCGCAUUCGCAACACCAAAGUGUGAGGGAGAUGGAUCAGUCACUGUGGAACAGGAUGCCACCGAAGCCAACAAGUCGUUCGCUGCGACGGGGAAAUUCCCAGGUGGUUCCCGCCAGCCUUGUACAGUUGCCCCCUUGGUUUACUCAGCUAGAUUGCAACGAAACUCAGCUGUUGCAGAAGUCAAAGCAUCGUACGUGGGAUCACUACCUGACUGUAGGCUCUGAACGGUUACAGUUAGAAAGAGGGUCCUCUUCCCACAAGCAACAGUACCAAUGCCAGCACGUACAGCGGGAGCAGAGACAGGGGCAUGAAUGUGGAGACCAUAGGCUGUUGCAGAAGCCCGGUCAAAGAGUGGAUGAACAGCAACACGACCAGCUUUCCGAGCAGCGGGGUCAGAUGCAGCAGAAGACGUUAAAGCAACAGAACGCGAGCUUCGUGGAACAGCAACAGCGUAUGCUGGAGCAACGACAACACCCUUUAGAGCCACCAACCACGGUCACUUGGCGGCAAGGCUGUACAACGUCGAGAGAACAAGAAGAGGCGAAAGCGGAGGAAGAAACGGAAAACGUCCAGAGGGACCAGCAACACUCAGUAAUGGCUGCACAGCAGUUGGCACCUCAACAGCAGCUGGUGCGCCAGGAAAAGGAAUCAGUGUUGGAAGGGGCCUCCGGCUCAGUAGCAUUAACCCUAAAACUGAGGCAACCACUGGUGGCUCAGCACCAUCCGGAAGUACAACAAAUGGCACGACAGCAGCGUCGCACAGCAGAACUUAGUGGCGAGCUGGUGGAGGCGCAGCACCACUCUGAUCUCCUUGCAUCCGCUGGCAUCGUCUCAGCCGACGUGGAGGACAGCGCACAAGCAAAAACCGUCGAUGCAGCUCCUGGUGUGGUUGUUUCCCGUACUAGGAACUACAGAGUGGAAGACCAGCUCCCACGUAAAAAUGCAAACCUGGAUGCGCUGCGAUUAAGGCCUGCAGAAGCAGCAAUCGCUGUUUGUGUUACCGCAGGAAGUGCUGGAAACCUAGAUGUACCUGGCAACGGCGAAUUGGUCGCCUGUGUUCAGAGAAACGGCGACGGAGGGACUUUCGAGGCUGCAGUUGCGGAGGAAGGACCACAGGGGGCCUACAGAAGUCCAGGGCAAGUGGCUUGUACCACAGAAAAUGCCGGGACAGCAGCACCGACCAGCUCACAAUUUCGAGGAGGCGAUGCUCCUGAGGGCGCGCGGCCCCUAAGACGUGGUUCUCUGGCGCAGCCUGCGGGGUUGAAGGGAAAUACAGCAGUGGAACUUGCAGCGCUGUCGCCGGGUGCGGCCACAGCAGGGGUUCAGAGUUUAGACAAGGCUAAGAGGAACAGCUUUUGA